CCAAACAUUCCCUAGCAAACCAGAGAAAUUCUAGCCCUGCAUCUCUCUCUCUCUCUCUCUCUCUCCAUGGAAAAACUCCCAUCAACUUGUAUAUUUGCACUUGAGUCAGUUUCUCUCAAACAAAACCCCUACGACUUCCCUAUGGACCAAGAGACACUAGAAUCCCAUCUAGAAGCUUCAAGAACACUCGAAGGCCGUGGCCGGCUCGCCGUCACCGGAACCUUAGACGCAACCCUCCGCGGCCUCUCCCCCUCCUCUCCUCUCCUGCUUCCCCACCUUCGGCUCCUCCGAAACCUCUGCGCCGGCGAACCCGCAAACCAGGACGCCUUCCUUCGAUUCGACGGCCCCGACCUGAUUUUGCCCAUCGUCCUUUCAUCUCCUCCGGACGUCGUUCGGGUCGGGCUGCAGGUGCUUUGUAACGUCGCGUUGGCCGGCGAGGAGCACCGAGCCAAGGUCUGGGCACGGCUUUUCCCGGUGGGGUUCCUGGAGCUUGCUCGGAUCCGUGAUCGAGGGAUUUUGGAUCCCCUUUGUAUGCUAUUGGACACUUGCUGCUCAGCCGAUUGUGGCAGGAGGAGACUGGGAGAGCUAUGCGAGGAUGAGAAGGGGCUUCCCAUACUCAUCGAGAUCAUCACUACGGCUUGCACAGUUGGACAUCAAGAAGAGUGGCUGGAAUGGCUUCUUUCUAAAGUCUGCAUUGAGGAACAAUAUUUCUUUAUGUUGUUCCAAAAGCUUGGCCAGUUUGGUGAUUCCAAUAGCUGCAAUGACAUCAGAGAUGAACACACUGUAUUUUCCGGAGAACAAGCAUUUCUUUUGCGCCUUAUAUCAAAUUGCUUGAGUGAGAGGCCAAAUGACUUCACAAUAUCAGACAGUUUCGCUCUUAGUGUUUUAAGAGUUCUGAAGGAAGCUUCUUGUGCCGUGAAUUUUAAUCACCGAGGAAACUCUCCUCUACCAACAGGUUCUCCAGCAAUUGAUGUUCUUGGAUAUGCACUUAAUAUUUUGAGAGAUAUAUGUGCAUCAGAUGAUCCUCUAUCGGCGCCAAAUGCUUCUGUUGAUUCAUUGAUCUCUUCGGGGUUGCUACAGCUUCUCUUAUGCUUUCUUUCUGAACUUGAACCUCCGUCUACCAUAAAAAAAUCAAUGGCUAAUGGAACUAGCCAGAUGCCCACCAUGGCUGAUGCAUUGAAGGUCUGCCCUUAUAAAGGUUUCCGAAGGGAUGUUGUUUCUGUGAUAAGCAACUGUUUGUACCGAAGGAAACAAGUUCAAGAUGAGAUCAGGCGGAAGAAUGGCAUUCCAUUGUUGUUACAGCAGUGUGUCGUUGAUGAAGACAAUCCAUUCUUGAGAGAGUGGGGACUAAUGGCAAUAAGGAAUCUACUGGAAGGAAAUACAGAAAAUCAGCGGGAAGUAGCUCAACUUGAGCUUCAGGGAACUGUUAACACAACCGAAAUUGCUGAAUUAGGGUUAAGGGUGGAGGCAAUAGGAGCUGUUGUUGGAGCCCUAUCUCGCAAUCUCGCACUUCUUCAAGAUCGUCAAGGAAGCAAUUGUCCAUUUAUGAUCAACCAUCUGUUAUUCUAAAGGACCCUGUCAUUGACUUGAUAAAUGCAUCAGUAGAUAAGCUAACACAUUCCACAAGUUUCCUUCAUUUUCUUGGACAACAUGCUCUAAUUGUCCAAGAAGACAUACCUUGUGCAACUGAUGAUCAUGAUGAUGAUCAAAGAU